AUGGGUCGUGUAAUCAGGGCACAGCGUAAGGGAGCAGGCUCUGUUUUUAAGUCCCACACGCACCACCGCAAGGGCCCGGCCCGCUUCCGCUCCCUCGACUUCGGCGAACGCAAUGGGUACCUCAAGGGUGUUGUGACAGAGAUAAUUCACGACCCUGGGCGUGGCGCCCCUCUGGCUCGUGUCACCUUCCGGCACCCGUUCAGGUACAAGCACCAAAAGGAGCUCUUCGUCGCCGCCGAGGGAAUUUACACUGGCCAGUUUCUCUACUGUGGCAAGAAAGCCAGCCUCGUCGUUGGCAAUGUUUUGCCCCUUAGAUCCAUCCCCGAAGGUGCUGUUGUUUGCAAUGUUGAGCACCAUGUUGGUGAUCGUGGGGUUUUGGCCAGGGCAUCUGGGGAUUACGCUAUCGUUAUCUCCCAUAACCCAGACAAUGGAACCUCCAGGAUUAAGCUCCCAUCAGGAGCCAAGAAAAUUGUCCCGAGUGAGUGCCGUGCCAUGAUUGGCCAGGUUGCUGGAGGAGGACGUACUGAGAAGCCACUGUUGAAGGCUGGAAAUGCCUACCACAAGUUCAGAGUGAAGAGGAACUGUUGGCCUAAGGUUCGUGGUGUUGCUAUGAAUCCGGUGGAGCAUCCCCAUGGUGGUGGUAACCAUCAACACAUUGGUCAUGCCAGUACUGUUCGCCGUGAUGCACCACCUGGCCAAAAGGUUGGUCUUAUUGCUGCAAGGAGGACUGGUCGGCUUCGGGGUCAAGCUGCUGCUACUGCAGCUAAAGCUGAUUAG